UGCGCGCCGACUUAGUGGGGUCUUUCUUGAUGUUGGCUGAACAUGGAUUCUGCGGGUCGACAGCUGGUGGUGGUUGGUGGCAGUUACCAGCAGAUCUUGUUCGGGUACCGGCUGUCCAACUGGGCACAGAGUUGGGAUCCUGAAGCUGAUUUUACCCAUCAUGCUCACACUGCCUCUUUAACCACUGUGGCUGUAAAUGAUCAAUACGUGGCAACGGGUAGUAGAGAUGAAACUAUUCAGUUGUAUAACAUGAAAAAGAAAAUUGAUCAAGGAUCAUUAUUACACCAUAAUGGUACAAUAACCUGUUUGGAAUUCUACGGGAAAACACACUUACUAAGUGGAGCAGAAGAUGGACUCAUCUGUGUGUGGGACACAAAGAAAUGGGAAUGUUUGAAAUCUAUUCAAGCUCAUAAAGGCCAUGUGUCAUCAUUUUCUGUCCAUCCAUCUGGAAGACUGGCUUUGUCAGUAGGAACAGACAAAACAUUAAGAACAUGGAAUCUAAUCGAUGGAAAAGCUGCAUUCGUGAAAUCAAUAAAACAGAAUGCUCACAUUGUUCUGUGGUCCCCCAGUGGAGACAAUUAUGUUGUGGUUUCAAAUAACCAGUUGGAUAUUUAUACUCUGAAAACAGCCUCCAUCAGUGGUACUAUUACUUGUGAUAAAAGGAUCUUCUCAGUGACAUUUAUAACGGAGUCUAUCAUCGCUAUUGCUGGAGAUGAAGAACAUGUUAGACUGUAUGACAUAAACUCAGCAAAAUGUCUUUCUGAAUUCAAGGCUCAUGAAGCCAGAGUGAAAGUGUUGUACUACUUUCAAGUGGGUCAGAAUAACAUUCUUGCCACUGCAUCCAGCGAUGGCUACAUUAAGCUGUGGAAGCUGAACACUGAAGAGAUUGAAAGUGGUCCAUUACUGCUAAGUGAACUAAAUACUAAAGCCCGGCUUACUUGUCUAGCGGUGUGGCUGUCAAAUCCUGCAAGUGUUCCACAAGGGGCUGAGGAACAAAGUUCGCACUGUGAAGAAGUUACAGCUACCAAAAAAUAUUAUAAAGAAGGGAAAAAUGAAGUGAAAACAACUCCUGUGGUUGAGAUCAUUCAUCCAAAGACAGAGCAAAUUUUACACAAGAGGAAAACAGUUGCUAAAACAAAAGAGCGAAGAAAGAAAAUGAAACAAUAAAUCAACUUGAAAUAAACUCUUCCCUUUAGUAUCAAAUAAUGUGAAGCCAAAUUGCUCCAUGGAUAAUCACAAAGACUAUUUUUAUGGUUUUAUAUUUGUAAAGAGAAUAUGCGGAGGAUUUCAUAUUAUCCAAAUAAAACUGCUUUCUUAAAUUAA